GACGAUAGUGGGGAAGACGGCGGGAAAACAUGGUGAAGUCUGGCCAGAUACUUUCGAUCGCAGAGAUAUUGGAACAAGGACACACACUUGAUCAAGAAGCUGUUAGAACUUGGGGAACGGUUGUGGAAUGUGAUUAUGUCAACUGCAGAGCUAUUAUCAGAGAUUCAGAUAGUAACCUGUGUGUGGAUACAACAUUUGUCCAGUCCUUUAAUGCAGAAGUAAACUCUUCAUGGAUGUUUAUUGGAGAAAUUCAUUUUGACAAUGGCUCUUUGCCCUUGCUUCAUGCUAGGGCUUCUUGUUGUUGGAAUCAAGUAAAUUUAGAUGUUUCUGCAAAUGCAUUGGCCCUAAGAAGAAGGUUUUUGCAUAGACCCAAAACGAGAAAUGUUCUGCUACAUACUUAAACCUUUAAAACUGCUUUUAAGCCCUGUAAUUCGAUCUACAUGCUUAUAUCUAAAGCUUUUUAAUUUGUUUCAUCAAUAAUCUUAUGAAAGCUAAACAAUCAACACCUAGUUAGUUUGUAAGUCUGUUUGUGAUUCCAUGAACAGGUUUUGCCAAAGUGCGUGUGCAGCACACACAGAAAAUGUCUGCAAUUGCUUUUAAAAACUAACACCUUGAAAUCUUUCGAAAAGUUGUACUUAUGUAGUGUUUGCACCAGCAACUCGUAUUACAUUGUAUCGAAUGCCUUUGAAAAGUCGAUAAGCAUUAUGAUAGACAACUCACCAAAUUUCAUAGCUGUCUUUAUAUCGUCCCUUAGCUUCAGCAGUGCUGACCCAUUUUAGUUAGCUUUUCUAAAGCCAGAAACUGUGUCUUCAUACAACUGCAUAUCUUCAAUGGUCCUGGGUAUGACAUAAAACUGUAUCCGGUUGUGGCGUUUUGACGUGGGAGAAUGAGGUUACCCUUUGCCGCAACGCAACUACCUCCAGGUCACCCUUGAGCAAGGUGUACUACCUGUUAGCUCUCCUUGAGACCACGAAUUGUCAGAUCACGAAGUCUUGGCUGGCAGUAUUGAUUCCAACAAUAUUGAUUACAAAAGCUCAAGAGUCUCUACUUUGUAUUUUAAUGCUAAGAUUGGAAGAGAGAGAUGUGAAGGAUUUUGCUAUCAUGAUAAAGCAAACAGAAAUGUGGACUUAAUGUUAAAUUCCUUGAAUGAAUGUCAACUAGCUGAUCUGCAAGUUAGAUUUAAGAAGAAAGCUGGAAAGCUUUUGACAUUUAAAUAUCCCAAUGGUGCCAAAAGUCAAUGAUGUUCUGAUUAACAAUAAGUGGAAUAAUAGUGCUAUGAAUUAUGGCUUAUAACUCAUUCUACUAUAACUCGUAACUUAUAACUCACUUGAUUCAGAUUAUCGUCAACUCACUGAGAAGCAACAAUCCCAACAAAACAAAAAGGUUCCAUGUGAUUGGUCAACACUAAAUGCAAAUGAACACAUCAGAGAUAACUAUGUAGUAGAAAUCAGAAACAGGUAUCAAGCUCUUCAAGAAGAAUAAUCUCAAGAUAACUCUGCAAAUACGAUGUAUGAAAAUAUAAUCGAAGCACACAUAAAAAAACGAAAUGUCUCAUGGGAGAACCAUGAUGUUUUAGCUAAAGAAAAGAGCGAAAACGUGCCCAUACAAACAGCAUUGAGAAACCAACCACUAGAAAUAAGAAUUUGUUGCUGAAGCGCAAUGAAACCUUGAUAAUGCGUAUGUUAAAGAACAGAAAAGUUACAUUAUGGAAAAAGUGAAAUAAAUUCCUUUAUAAUUAGCUUAAUCUCCUUUAAGGCGAAACUCAGCGCACAAUAUGAUUUUACACCUACUCGCUGGUCGCUGCGUUUCGCUCAUUAGUUCAAUUUGGUUGAACUUUUCAGCGAUUGCCAGCGAAAAGUUACGUAAUUUUAUACAAAUUGCAAGAUGGCAAGCUUUGAACAGUUGUUGUCUCAGGCAGAUCAAGGCCGAUCUGUGGACAGCAUAGAGCAAAUGUGAAAAUAUGGAAAAUAUUUUGAACGAUAGGCGAAAAUAUCAAAGAAUAACUCAUGAUCGCAAAGUUUCAUCUCCAAAAUAAAGUGAUGAAAUUCGUCUUUCUGUUAACGUUCACAAAAUAACUUUUUCGGUUUCUGGACUCUAUAUUUACUACUCUCUCUCUGUCUUAAAGAAGAAACGCGAAACGCUGCCUAUCCGCCAUGUAUGUUGUUGAUUGGGUGCACCUGAAGGCGCCAGAAGUGAAGAGGGGAACAUCUUUUCCUGCA